UCUCAUUCCCUCUUUCUCCCCCUCUCUCUCCCUGUCUCUGAUUCUCACUCUCUCUCUCUCUCCUUCAGGGCCCAAAGACAAUAUUUAUUCUAUUGUCUUGGAGGGCGGGGCCGGGACCCUGGGGGCUAUAUAAGGGCCAGUGCAAAGGGCCAGUGAAGUACUGGCGAUAAGGGACAGGAGUCCGCUGCCCGCUGUUGUGACAUGUGGUGUAAAGUCCUCCUCCUCCUCAGCCUGCUGGCUGUCAUAAACACUGCGUCUCCCCUCCAGCUCAGCGUGGCCCUGGGCUCCACCGUGCUGCUGCCCUGCCCCCUGCCCCCCACCAGCAGCAGGCUGAGCAACCUGUCCCUGCUCCGCGUCACCUGGACCCGCGGCAACGGCUCCGAGGUGGCCUCCUUCGGCCCCGCGCAGCAGCAGCACGUCCAGGGGGGCUUCCUGUGGAACCCCCCUGCGUUCCUCCGGGGGAACUUCUCGCUGACGGCCAGUGACGUGGUCCCGGCCCACCAGGGGGCGUACGUCUGCUCCGUCAGCUACAACUCCUCCCGACUGGGGUCCCACAACGUCUCGCUGAGCGUCCUGGCCCCACCCACCAUCCAGGUGGUCUCCCAGUGGGUGGUCUUGGAACGGGAGAGCCAACUGGAGUGUCUGGCAGAGGGGUUCUUCCCUCCACCUGUCCUCUUCUCCUGGACCAGGGAGGGGGAGGAGAUCAAGGCCCCCCACCCUGUGGACGGGGCACCAGCAGGUCCGGUCGGGUUGCACCGGGCCAUCGGGAACAUGACCUUCUAUCCCUCCCGAGACGACCAGAACGCUACGUUCGGCUGUGAGGUGACCCACGGCUCGGUCCACAGGAGCCUGACCUUCCAGCUCAACUUCACCGUCCUGCCGUCCAUCCGAAUGUCGGCCGUCCCUGUUUCCUCUCGGUCCUCCGCCCUCACGCUUGCCUGCGACCUGGACGGCUUCUACCCAGAAGAGAUCAAUGUGUCCUGGGUCCAGAACGGGACCACCCUACCCCAGAGCCCUGUCAGCGAGCCCACCCCCGACGGGACCUUCCGGACCACACGCUACCUCACGCUCAGCACCGAGCAGCGGGAGCAGGCAGGCCAUAUACAGUGUGUGGUGGACCAGCCGGGAGCCUUGGAGCCGGCACAGGUCCACGCCAGCCUGGAAGUCCUGGACCCACCCGAUUCAGAUCCAGUCCUGAUCAAGUCUGCCAAGGCCUCUGUGGCUCUCAUGUGCAUCUCCCUGGUCCUGGUCUUCCUGCUCUGCUUCGGCUUCUCCUGGCGCAGGAGGGACGAGAAGCAGAAGUCUCUGAGCGUGUCCGGGAUCAUUCUGCCUCCCCACGUGGUGGUUGGACAGAAGGGCCGUGUGACUGUUAGCAUUGAGGGACGCAGAGUCGACCGAGUCGAAACCAGCUGGUUCCUCAAUGACACACCCAUCGCCGACACCUCACGCAAAGGGACCUCCAAGACUAACUUUAACUGCCUCUAUAACACCUUAACCACCAUCCACCUGCCCUACGGUCUAACCCUCACCUCCCCAGUAUCAGAGAAAGGACCUCUGCUUCCCUCCAGAGGACAGACUGAGUACUACAAGCUGCACAACCAGGGCCCCUUGCACUCCACUGGAAACCGGCAGCAGCUGGUGUCAUCGCUCACCUUCGUCCCGCAGAUCUCCGUCCAUAAGGGGGCGGUGUUCAAAUGCCAGGUGUCCUACAUGGGCAAGGACAAGGUGGUGGUCGAGAGAGUUUCCGAAAGGUUCACUGUCCUGGCUGCUCCAGAAGUGUCCGAGAUACAGCUAGCGGAGGUAUCUGAGGACUCAGACACCAUCACCUUGACGGUGCACGCGUCCCACUUCCACCCGGACAUCAUCACGUUCCGCUGGUUCUGCGAGGGCAGCGAGCUGAGCCCUGUGGCCUCGCAGGCCUCGUCCUCGCCGCGGCCCGACCCCCAGGGCUUCUUCACCGCCUCCAGUCAGUGCCGCCUCCCCCGCAGCGAGCUGGAGCGAGGGAACACCAAGGUCUGGGUGACAGUGCACCACGUGGCCCUCCGACUACCGGUCACCCGCGAGACCAGAGGCUUCAUCAGGACGCCGUGCGUGGCGGAGAUUGUGAGCUCCGCCUCCAUGCCAGGGGAACCCCCGACCCUGGGCUGUGACAUCACAGGGUUCUACCCCCCCGACCUCACGGUGACCUGGCUCCGCCUGAGGGAGGGCGAGCAGGACGACCGGGAGGAGGAGGUGGUGGAGGGAGGUGAGCUGUGGGGGCCCGUCCAGACUCAGGCCCGACUGUACCGCGCCACGGCCAUACUGCACCCCACCAGGAGGAGGGACGAGGCCAAGGAGAGAGCAGGAGGAGAAAGGGGAGGCGGGGGAGCGGUCUGUCGGGUGGAGCACCGCUCCCUGGAUCAUCCCAUCGAGAGACGAUGGAGGAACGCCCAGCUCACCCCUCCCUCCAUCCCCCUCUCCAUGUCAGUGUGCUGGAGCACCGAGGGCGUGGGGGUCUUCUCCCUGCUGCUGCGGGGUGGUCAGCCGCGGGCGCGCCUGCUCUGGACAGCCGGGGCCGCCACCCUCUCGCCCCUGACCUCCAGCGAGACGGAGGAGAUGGGGGACGACGGGCGUCGGGAGCUGCGGAGCGUGUGUGCCCUGCAGCGGGCCGGCCCCGGAGGGGAGGCGCCAGGGACACGGCCGAGUGGAGGACGUGCUCUGAGCAGAGGCGGUAAGGCGGCGGUGAGCCCUGGCGACACAGAGGACAUUGAGUACAUGGACCAGAAGGUGGACGGAGAGAACAACAACAAUGUGGAGAGCUGGGCAGGGACCAAGACGCUGUCCGAAGAGGAGAGCCAUGGGGAGGAUGAGGAGAGCGAUGAGGAAGAGGUUGGGCCCGGGGGCCUGCACAUAAACCGGGUGGACGUGAGGACGCCCGCCCGCCAAGUUAGGAGGGGUCUGCGGGUAUGUGUGGAGAUCUCACACCCGGCCCUCGCUCUGCCUGUCUACAGAACAUGGACAGAGUCAAUACAGGAGGAGUCAUCUUCCAUUUGACCAAUCGGAUACCUGAAACAGGGAUGUUUUUUUUUAUAACCUACUGUAUGUAAUGAUAAUGAAGAUAUCACACUGUAGCUGGUCCAUAUUUCCCUCUCUUUCCAUAGGUUAUUUAUUUAUUUGUAUUAUUAAUCCACUGUCUUUGAUAUCAAUAGUUUUUAGUCUGUAUUUUUAUUUUAUUUUUUAGAAUAGUAGUAAUAGUAAUAAUAGUAAUCCUAUUGUUUCGUUAUACGUGUGUGUGUGUGUGUGUGUGUGUGUGUGUGUGUGUGUGUGUGUGUGUGUGUGUGUGUGUGUGUGUGUGUGUGUGUGUGUGUGUGUGUGUGUGUGUGUGUGUGUGUGUGGACAGAGAGAGAUUUUAUAAUGUUCAGACUCAUAAUCUAAAGAUACAUGUCCUAGUUUUAUGUGGAAUCCGUUCGGUUUGGGUUUAGUGUAAAAAUAUUUUUUUUUUACAGAGUUUCUGAUUAAUAAAAGCAACUGACGGUA